ACCGCUGAGAAAGACACAGAAAGAAAAGGUAUCUUGUUCUUUUAUUCUAAAUAAAAAUGUCAACUAUAGAGUUACCACUUAUUUCUGUUCAACCUGAUUGGGACCAAGUUAUUCGAGAAGCCGUUUCAAACAAAGCCUCGGACUCAUUCUUUUGGAUCGCUUGUUAUGUAACAGGUAAACCAAGUGUCCAAGGCCAAGUCGAAGUUAUAAAGAAAGAUAACGGAGAAUACGAACUUGAAGGGAAAAACGGAUUUACUGUUAGCUCACUUGGCUCUAGAUCAUUUAAAGUAGAAUGUUCAGAACUCGGUGCCAAAGAUAUCAUUGUAUAUGGACCCAAGGACGAAAUAAUUUUAGCCGAGAAAGCCCGACCUACAUGUGUUGAUGUGUCUCCAAAUGGCAGGUUAUUUGCUACAGCUAGUGGAUCAGAGAUUUUCUUGGGCAAUUUAUCCGAGGCAAAAGUUCAGACUACAUUGAAGGGACAUCUGAGCGAUGUGACAGCGGUUCAGUUCUUUCCAAGCAAUCUUGUCCUGUUGACUGGUGGUGCCGAUUUUCAACUCAAGAUAUGGUCUGUAAUAGAUGGUAGUAAUCCUGUCACUUUAAGGAGCCACACUUCAGCAAUUACGAGCACAGCCAUUGUUGAGAAAGGAAGAAAUAUAAUAUGUUAGUAUAACGGUAUAUAUAGCAUAGACGUUGUAUAUUCACAUUCACUAUAGCAUCCUCUCGUGACGGGACAAUCAAGUUGUGGAACUGUGGUACAGCCUCAGUCAUUGCUACAUUAGGAAAAUACCAAUGUCCUGUCAAUAAGAUUAUAUUGGCCAAACUUCCAUCAUCUUACCAACCUGUAGCAAAAGAGAGCUUAGGUAUUUGCAUCUCUCUCUCUCUCUCACGUACAUGUACUCUAAAACACUGAAUUUGAUUUAUCAUAGAUCCAGUAGAAGUUGGCACU